AUGAAGAAUGUUUAUUUGAGAGUAUUUAUUCAACUCACAUAUUUUAUAAUGGUACUAAUUAUAAAAAUAGUGAAUGACAAUCCAGAAUACUUUUAGGUUGUAUUUAGCAUAGUAUUGACAGUUCUUUCAUUGCCAUUAAACAAAUAUAUUUCAAAUUAUGCUGAGCACUCAUAAUUAAUAUGUAAAUCCUUAUGGUAAGUCCUGAAUCUUUUUUGCUUAGGUAGUGUUGAUAUGGGAUUGAAAAAUGAUGGAUUUCUAAGUAGAUUCUAAUAUUUUUGGCUUGGUCUUACAAUUCAAUUAGAUGUUGAUACAAUAUUACCUCAUAAAAUAGUUAGAGUGGGUUUUCUUUUAGUUGUAAUAGCUUCAGUCAAUUUGACAACAUUUUACUUAAUUCUUGAUUCUUCAUAAAUUGGAUUGAUUUGUGGAGAAAUACUUUAUACUCUUAUAUUGAUAUACUAAUUAUUUGUUGAAAAGACAAUGAAGAAUUAACAUAAACAAUCAACAUCUAAAAAACCUAGUUCUCGUAGUUUUACUGAGAAAUUAGAUAGUCCUUAACCUUAAAUUUUAGAUGAAGAAUCAAAUCAUGUUUAAAUAUUAUCUUUAGGUUAAUAAUUACAUCAUUAAUAAUAAUAAUAACCAUAAAGAGAAGCAUCAAUUCGUGAAUAGAUUGAAUAUUAAAAUAGUUUCUAUAAAACUUUAUUUAAUUAAUUUCCUGAAGGAAUAAUAAUAAUUAAUGAUUAAAAUAAAAUUGAAUAUCAUAAUAAUUAAGUAAGAACAUUAUUAGGUAGAAAACCUAUUUCAGAAGAUCUUAUACCUAAGAAAUUAUAUGAAUUGAAAAAUUAUUCAUCAAAAUUUUAAUUUGGUGAAUAAGCUUAAUUUGAUAAAAUGUUUGCAGCAUUGAAUAAAAAAUUAAAAAGUAAUUCUCAUGAAUUUUAAUAAUAACUUAAUGAAGAAAAUUCUUUAAUUAAAGAUUGUUUUGUACCAUUAGAUGAAUAAACAUAUUAUAAUUAUUAUGAAUAUGAAUUAAGUAAGGCAGAAACAUUAAGUCAAGAAAUUGAAAAGGCUUUGUAAGAUAAAAAUGGAACUCCAUCACCUUAUUAAAGAUAAUUAUCUUGUCAUUCUUAAAGAACAUAAAAAGGAUAAGAAAUAAUAAAAUUUGGUAAAGAAGUAAAGAUGUUAUGUAUGAUUGAAGAAUCUAAUGAAAGAAUUCCUAAUGAAAUACAUGAAGAUUAGUCAGAUGAUGAAGAUUCUGCUGGAUUAUUAAUUUAAAUAACUAUCAAAGCAUAUACAUAUGAAAAUAAAAGAAAUGUUUUAUUAAUGAUUAGAGAUGUGUCACUAUUUAAUUAGUAUAAAGUAUUAUAACAACAAAAUUCAAAUAAAUCAAAAAUGUUAUCUUAUGUAGCACAUGAAUUAAGAAAUCCUUUAGGUGCUAUAUGUGCUAUAAGUGCAUAAUUACUUUCAAAAUAUUCACAAGAUAAAGAAACCAGUAAAAAGUAAUUUUUAUUAAAUAAAAUAAGGUAUUUGAAACCAUUAAAGAGUUCAGCUGAAUCAAUUUCAAGAUUAGCUAAUGAUUUACUUGAUUUAGCUUAAUUAAAAGCUGGAAAAUUUAAAUUAACAUUUUAAGAAUUUGCAUUAAAAAAUUUAAUUUUUGAUGCAAUAGCUAUGAUGACUUUUAAUGUAGGUGCUAAGAAUCUUUAACUUAGUUUAAAAUAUGAUAAAAAAAUACCAGGUCUUAUUAAAUCUGAUCAAUAGAGAAUAUAAUAGAUUAUAUUGAAUUUAAUAAAUAAUUCUACAAAAUUCACUAAAACAGGAGGUAUUAAAGUAGAAGCUAAGUUAUUAUAACCAAAAUUAAUUGAAAUAUCAGUUGAAGAUACUGGUGUAGGAUUAUAACCAGAAGAUAUAAAGAAAUUAUUCUAACCAUUUGGAAAAUUAGAAGAUUCAAAACAUUUAAAUACUUAAGGAGUAGGUUUGGGAUUAAUGAUAAGUAAUGUGUUAGCAUAAAAAUUAAGUGGAGGAGAUGUUGGUUUAUAAGUAGAAUCUAAAGGAUUGGGAUAAGGAACAAGGUUUAUAUUUAAAAUAUUAGAUUAAAAUGAAACAAAGAGUUCUGUACAUUAAUCUUAAGAUACAAAAUAUUUUGGUAGAAAGGAAAGUAAUCUUUCAAUAGUAAGAGUAAAAAAAAGAGAUUAAUUAACAAUAUAACCUAUGAGUGCAUCAUUAUAUAGAGCAAAAGUUAUUAGUGAAUAGAAAAUAGAAGAAAAUGAAAGCACUAUCUAUUAAUUUUAAUGUGAUGAUGAUAAUUUUUAAGAAGAUCCUGUAUAAGAAUCAUAUGAUAAUUGUGCUUGUCCAAGAAUUUUAAUUGUUGAUGAUGAGCCAAUAAAUUUAAUGAUUUUGGGUUAUUAACUUAAGAAUUUGAAGUAUCUUUAUAAGUAGGCAAAAAGUGGAUAAGAAGCAUUAGAUUUUCUAAAGGGAUGGUAAAAUACCUAAGAAUAUUGUUGUAAUUGGAUUAGAUGUGUUAUAAUUGAUAUAUAGAUGCCAAUGAUGGAUGGAUAUCAAACUUCUAAAUUAAUAAGAAUGCUUGAGAAGGAGAAAUAAAUGAAUAAAUGUGCGAUUAUUGGUUGUAGUGGAUUUUCUGAUGAGGAAACUAAAAAACUAGGUUUUGAGAGUGGUAUGGAUUAUUUCCUUUCUAAGCCCGUCACUUAGGGAGAAUUAUAAACUAUAUUAAAUUAAUGUUGUUGAUUAAAUAUUUUUUGUGAUUAAAAAUAGCAAUGUCUUAUAAUUUCAAAACUAUACGUCCUGUUAUGCCUGCUAAAGACAUGAUAAAUGUGAUUUUAUCAAAAACAUAAAGGAAAACACCUACAGUAGUUCAUCCUGGAUAUGAUAUAUCUAGAAUUAGAGGAUUUUAUAUGAGAAAAGUAAAAUUUACAUAAGAAACCAUUCAUGAGAAGAUAGAUACCAUUUUACAAGACUUUCCAAAAGUAUUUGAUAUUAUUAUAUAAUAUAGUUAGAUGAUAUUCAUCCAUUUUAUGCAGAUUUGAUUAAUGUAUUGUAUGACAAAGAUCAUUAUAAAUUGGCAUUGGGACAUGUACAUGCUUGUAGAAAUGUGAUUGAUAAUAUUGCUAAAGAUUAUUGUAGAUUGUUAAAAUAUGGUGAUUCCUUGUACAGAUGCAAAAUGUUAAAGAGAGCAGCAUUAGGUCGUAUGUGUACCACACUUAAAAAAUUGACCAGUUCUCUUAAUUAUUUAGAUGAAGUUAGAAAACACUUAUCUAGAAUGCCAGCUAUUAAUCCCUUUGAAAGAACUCUCUUAGUAACUGGAUUCCCUAAUGUUGGAAAGAGUAGUUUUGUAAAUAAUAUAACAAAUGCUAAUUUGGAUGUUCAACCCUAUCCAUUUACAACUUAAAAUCUUUAUGUAGGACAUACUGAUUAUAACUUUGUUCGUUGGUAAGUAAUAGAUACUCCAGGAGUCUUGGAUCAUUCAUUAAGUGAAAGAAACCCUAUUGAAAUGUAAGCAAUAACAGCACUUGCACAUUUAAAGGCCUGUAUUAUGUUUUUCUUGGAUAUCUCAGAAACAUGCAGUUAUUCUAUUGAUCAAUAGAUAGCAUUAUUCAAAGACUUAAAACCACUCUUCAAAAAUAAACCAUUAUUAUUAGUUAUGACUAAAAUAGAUAUUAAAAAAUUUGAAUAAUUAGAUCCAAUUGAUUAAUAAAAGUUAUAAGAUGUUAUUCAAUCUGAAAAUGUGUUCUAGUAUUAAUUUAAAAUCUAUUAUAUAGUUCUUAAUUGAGUAAUAAAUCAGGUGAAGGAAUAGCUUUAGUAAAAGAAAAAGCUUGUGGUUUAUUAAAUGAAUGGAGAUAGAAUCUUAAACCUGAAUAAUUAACAGGUGGAAAUCCAAAUCUUUUAAGAGAAGAAUCAAUUCUUUAAGGUGUCUACAUUGCUUAACCUAAAAGAGUUAAUCAAAAAAGAAUGCCAGUAAUUCCUUAAGUAAUGGGUAAAUUAAAUAGACCAACAUUGAAAGAUGUAUAAGAAUAAAAUGGUGGUGCUGGUGUUUUCUCAUUCCCAUUAUNCAUCCUGGAUAUGAUAUAUCUAGAAUUAGAGGAUUUUAUAUGAGAAAAGUAAAAUUUACAUAAGAAACCAUUCAUGAGAAGAUAGAUACCAUUUUACAAGACUUUCCAAAAGUAUUUGAUAUUAUUAUAUAAUAUAGUUAGAUGAUAUUCAUCCAUUUUAUGCAGAUUUGAUUAAUGUAUUGUAUGACAAAGAUCAUUAUAAAUUGGCAUUGGGACAUGUACAUGCUUGUAGAAAUGUGAUUGAUAAUAUUGCUAAAGAUUAUUGUAGAUUGUUAAAAUAUGGUGAUUCCUUGUACAGAUGCAAAAUGUUAAAGAGAGCAGCAUUAGGUCGUAUGUGUACCACACUUAAAAAAUUGACCAGUUCUCUUAAUUAUUUAGAUGAAGUUAGAAAACACUUAUCUAGAAUGCCAGCUAUUAAUCCCUUUGAAAGAACUCUCUUAGUAACUGGAUUCCCUAAUGUUGGAAAGAGUAGUUUUGUAAAUAAUAUAACAAAUGCUAAUUUGGAUGUUCAACCCUAUCCAUUUACAACUUAAAAUCUUUAUGUAGGACAUACUGAUUAUAACUUUGUUCGUUGGUAAGUAAUAGAUACUCCAGGAGUCUUGGAUCAUUCAUUAAGUGAAAGAAACCCUAUUGAAAUGUAAGCAAUAACAGCACUUGCACAUUUAAAGGCCUGUAUUAUGUUUUUCUUGGAUAUCUCAGAAACAUGCAGUUAUUCUAUUGAUCAAUAGAUAGCAUUAUUCAAAGACUUAAAACCACUCUUCAAAAAUAAACCAUUAUUAUUAGUUAUGACUAAAAUAGAUAUUAAAAAAUUUGAAUAAUUAGAUCCAAUUGAUUAAUAAAAGUUAUAAGAUGUUAUUCAAUCUGAAAAUGUGUUCUAGUAUUAAUUUAAAAUCUAUUAUAUAGUUCUUAAUUGAGUAAUAAAUCAGGUGAAGGAAUAGCUUUAGUAAAAGAAAAAGCUUGUGGUUUAUUAAAUGAAUGGAGAUAGAAUCUUAAACCUGAAUAAUUAACAGGUGGAAAUCCAAAUCUUUUAAGAGAAGAAUCAAUUCUUUAAGGUGUCUACAUUGCUUAACCUAAAAGAGUUAAUCAAAAUAGAAUGCCAGUAAUUCCUUAAGUAAUGGGUAAAUUAAAUAGACCAACAUUGAAAGAUGUAUAAGAAUAAAAUGGUGGUGCUGGUGUUUUCUCAUUCCCAUUAUAAGGUAUAAAUAUAUAUUAAUUAAUUUAAUAGAACAUUUUUUAUUAGAAAAUCCAGAUUGGAAAUAUGAUGCUGUUCCUGAAAUUAUGGAUGGUAAAAAUAUUGGAGAUUUUGUUGAUGCUGAUAUUUUAUAAAGAUUAGAAGAAUUAGAAAAGGAAGAGGAAAUGAUGGAUUAAGCUGAAAUUGAAGAUCCAGAAGAAGAUGAAAGAGAAGAGAUGUUAUUAAAUACAAGAGAUUAAAUUAAUAAAAAAAGAGAAAUGAUUAAAGAAGAACAUCAUAUGAAGAUGAAAUAAUAAGUUAAAUUACAUAGACCAAAUUUGGAAGAUGCAAAAGAAGAUUUUGCUAAAAAAGGAAUUGAUACUACCUUUUUAGAAUAAAGAGCAUAGAAAUUUGCUGCAAAAAAAGUUUUAUAAAAAUAAAAAAGAUAAUAAUAAUCAUCAGAUGAUAGUGAUGAUAAUGAUAUGGAUAUUGAAGGUAAUGAUAGAAAUCAAAGAAAAGGAAGAGAUGCUUUAUCUAGAAGUAGAAGUAGACUUAGAGAAAUCUCAAGAAGUAGAAGUAGAGGUAAUAAAAAAGUACUUACUGCUUAAGAAUAAGUAAAUAUAUCAUUUUAAAUAUUAUAGGCUAUGGAAAGAAUGUCUAAAAAAAUAUAAAGAAGAAGAAGAAAUGAAGCUAAAGCUGGUGAUGGUGAUACUAAAAUAGAUUGUAAAAUGCCUAAGCACUUAUUUACUGGUAAAAGUGGUAUUGGAAAAUAAUCAAGACGUUGAA